ACAAACAGCUCCCAUCAAGUCAAUACUAAGUGCUAACAAAAUAGUAAAAAGGGAAAAACCUACAAUCUACACAACUCCAGAUGCCUUUGAACCCUUCUUUACAUUUAAUUUAAUGCUGCCUCUUCACCUAAUAGACUCUAGUAGGACAUCAGGUGAAACUACUAAACAACUACUAAAAGAGGUUAUUGCUAAAACAAGAACUAGAAAAAAGUCUAUAAUAGUAAAACUAGUCAAAACUGAUACCCACUUAGUUAAUUUUACUUUUGUAGAUAACCAAAAUGCUUUGACAACACAAAUACAAAGUGGGGAUUCUAGCUUACUCCUGUCAAAAUGCAAUAUAAUACCAAAAAUAGAAGCUACAACAAUCAUGAAAGAAAAUUUAGAAAGGAAGAAUGAAUAUUCCCACAGUGACUAUUAA